CAUCCUUGUCUUCAUGGAUUGCAAUGUUAUGUGUUCCGGUGACCUUUGAGGAGCUGGCCGUGCAUUUCUCGGAGGAGGAGUGGGCUCUGCUGGAUCCAGGCCAAAGGUCUCUGCACCAGGAAGUCAUGGAGGAGAAUCGUGGGAUCCUGGCCUCUCUGGGCAAGUGCAGGAAGAGCAAGAAAAAUGGCCUUGACCAGAGAAGGAAAACUGCAGCUGAAGAGAAGAGGGAAAACAAAUCCAUUUCUUUUGAAGGGUCAGAUGUCCGUGAAAUUCCAAUACUAGAAGAACCAAGAAGGAGGAACAUUCACAAUCGGAAUACACAAAGGAAAAGCUCUGAAGAUAUAAAGAUUCAGAAGAUUCACAUUACCAAAGGUCAACAAUUUCACACAGAAGAAAAACGAUUUCAGUGCUUGGAGUGUGAGAAGCAAUUCAAUUUCCACUCACAACUUAACUUGCAUAAAAAAAUUCACUCAGGAGAGAAGCCCUAUCAGUGCUCAGUGUGUGGAAAGAGCUUCAGUCGGAGCUUCCACCUUAUUUGUCAUCAAAGCACUCACACUGGGGAGAGGCCCUAUGAAUGCCUAGAGUGCGGUAAGAACUUUGCUCGCAGCACAGACCUUAGGAAACAUCAAAGAAUUCACACAGGGGAGAAGUCCUAUGAAUGCCUAGAGUGCGGAAAGAGCUUUGCUCACAGGACAAACCUUAAAGAACAUCAAAGAAUUCACACAGGCGAGAAGCCCUAUAAAUGCCUAGAGUGCGAAAAGAGCUUUGCUCACAGCUCAAACCUUAGGAAACAUCAAAGAUUUCACAAAGGAGAGAAGCCCUAUGAAUGCUCAGAGUGUGGAAAGAGCUUCACUGUGAGCAGCAAUCUUAAGUCACAUCAAAGAAUUCACACGGGCGAUAAACCAUAUGAAUGCCUAGAGUGCAGAAAGAGCUUUACUCACAGCACAGACCUUAAGCAACAUCAAAGGUUUCACACAGGUGAGAAGCCCUAUGAAUGCCUAGAGUGCGGAAAGAGCUUUGCUCACAGGACAAGUCUUAAACAACAUCAAGGAACUCACAUGAGCGAGAAACCAUAUGAAUGCCUAGAGUGUGGAAAGAGCUUUGCUAACAGCACAAACCUUUGGAAACAUCAAAGAAUUCACACAGGCGAGAAGCCCUAUAAAUGCUUAGAGUGCAGAAAGAGCUUUGCUCACAGUGCAGAACUGAAGCGACAUCAAAGAAUUCACACAGGCGAGAAGCCUUAUAAAUGCCUAGUGUGCGGAAAGAGCUUUGCUCACAGCACAAGCCUUAAACAACAUCAAAGAAUUCACAUAGGCGAGGAACCAUUGGCUAAUAUAAUACGUCAACACCCAGGUGUUAUCGGAUAUAGAGGAGGGGCGAAGAACAUGUGAUUAAUAUGUAUGCGGAUGACAUGAUAAUUAUGCUGG